AUGAUUGAACGAAGGCAAUUUAGUGGUGCCAAGCAUGAAAGCCCACUAAACCAUCUCAAAGAGUUCGAGAAGUAUUGUUAUAUAAUCAAGGAAGUGAAACAUAAUUCCUUGAGAACUUGGGAUGAGGUUACUAAGGAGUUUCUUUCCCACUUCUAUCCUCAAAAGAAGACCGCCGAGGCAAGAACUCUAAUCCAAAGUUUCAAGCAAAAGCCUAGUGAGAGUUUGUAUGAGGCUUGGGAAAGAUACAAGGAGUAUCAACAAGAAUGUCCUCAUCAUGGUAUUCCAACUUAUCAAAUCAUACAAAUUUUCUAUGGAGGAUUGAGCCCCCAAGGGAAGUCGUGUCUUGGUGCUGGAGCCGGAGGCCCGAUUAUAAACAAGACAGAAGAAGAGGUUGUAGAUAUAAUUGAGGAUAUAGUUCAUCACUACAUGGAUUGGAAAGAAGGAGAGAGAGAGUCCAUAAGCAAGAGUGCCUCAACGGUUUAUUCGGUUGAUCAUCUUAACGCAAUCAAUAACUUGUCUUCCCAAAUCUCAAACUUGGGAAAGGAGAUUACAUUGAUUAAAUCCAAGUUAGAGAGUGCCUCUUCGAUUGCACCAAGUCUUCCCUCCCACAUAAAAGGGAGAGGUACACCAUCUAAAUCUACUCCUCCUUCUACCUCAAGUAAUAUGCCAAGUGUUUGUGUCUUUUGUGAUGUUUGUGGGUCUUAUGACCAUUUUGAGAAUUGUGAUGAUAUUGAAAACAAUGAUUGUGAGCAAGUGAAUUUUGUUUCCAAUAAUAACAAUGGUCAAAGAUUUGAUGGUCCAAGGAAUUUUGGGAAUAGGAAUUCUCACCAACAAGGUAUUUUUGAUAACUACAACAAUGGUGGUUAUAGGAACCAAGGAAAUCAAGGUUUCUGA